AUGGGAAAUAAUUAAUCAUGUUGUUCAAUUAGAACAAGACAGCCAACUAAUACAUUAGACAAAAAGGAAGUGUUUAUAUUAUGUGAUGUUCUAAAACAUUCUUAAGAGGAUAAUCAUAUAACAUAUUUAGAUAAAUAAUGUUUUGAAAGAAUAUUCUAAGAUAAUCCUUAAUUUGGAGAAUAAGUUUAUGAAUAUUGUUCAUAUAUUUUGAAAGUAACUUAAUUACCACUUGAAGGAUGUAUUAAUAUAAGUAAGAAAACUCAAAUUAAUUCUAGUAUAGGGAAUAUUAAGUACUUCAGACAUAACACCAAUAUUGCUUUAGAUUUGUAUGGAAAACUAUAAUGGAUCAAUUCAAGUAAUAACAGUUUAAUAGGCUCUAUAAUUUAUAGGAGUAAUAUAAAUAUUGAUGAUUUAAGUUGCUAACAUCUAUAUUCCUAACAUUUUGUAUUAGGAAAUAAUAGAUUGAUUUUUAAGUAUUAGAAAUCAUGAUCUAUUCUCUAUUUAAAGAAAAGUAAAUGAAAAUCAAUGAUUUCUUAUCUAUCAUGGAGGCAAAUCUACCAUAUAUCUAAAAACUAAUAAGACUUUACUUAUCUUAUAGAUUAUUGUAAAAACCGUUUAAUUAAAUGAGAGUUGCAAAGAUUGAUAAAGACUCUUUCAGUUUAAAAUAUGAAUGGCUUGCUAUUAUGGGAUUAGCAACAUCUGAAUUACAUAGACAUGGUCAACUCACAUUAUUAUAUUAAUCAGCAUUAUAAUCAAUUAAUAUUUAAGAAAUAUUGAUUUCAAUGUAACAAACUUAAAUUUUGUUGGUAGUUACAUUUCAAGAUGAAAUAAAUAAUAAAAAAUUAACUUUAGCAAUUUAUAACAAACAUUAAUGGUAAGUAGAUUGUAAAAAUAUAGAAAAUAUUAUUGCAUUUUAAAUCUCACCUAUUUUCUAUAUUUUUAGAAAUCCAUCUAAAAACUAUUUUAAUAAUAAUAAUGGUUUUGGCUUUUCAUUUGAUUCUAAAACUAAUAAAUAUUUAUUAUGGUUAGGACAUUAAAAUUGUUACUUUUACAAUUCUUAAAGAGUAUAAAUAUAUUAUUAUAUUUCUAUAUUAGUUAUUAACUGUAGAAGUUUGGAGAUGUGAAGAACUCUAAUCUAAAUUAAGAAAAAGUGUUAUUGAUGAAGAUAAGACUUCCACUUUAAGUCCUAAAGAAUAAAAAAAAAGAGUUUCUUUUCGUUUAUUAGAUGAGAAUCAAUCUUCCAGAAAAUGUAAUUCUGUAACUCCAAUUACUAAAAAACUUAAUUUUAUUGAAAAUGUUCCACCUCAAUCUUAACCACCAAUUCCUAACUAAUCUAAGUAUAACUAUUUAAUUAUUUAGUUAAAUACAAACUACUUAAGAAGAUUAAGAUAGUCCAAAAUCUCCUCAUUUUAACAGUGAUAAUCUUCCUACAUUCAAUAAUCCAUAAGCAUAAAUAUUGAAAUCUUACCCAAAUUCAUAAAACUUAGUUAAUACACAAUUUUCAAACAAAUAAUAAUAAAAUCGUCCAUCUUAAUCCAUUAUUGAAAAAUAUGGUAAUGGAUAAAGAUAAACAAAAAGUUUUUCAAAUAAUUAAGAAGUUAGAAAAAGUGUAGAUGACAUUCUUAAAAGAUAUGAAAAGAAAUAAUGA